ACCCACUUCUCUCUCAUUUGAGACACGGUGUGUGUAGCACGCGGUCGGCGACAGCUCUCCUAAUAAGAGAGUUCUUUCGGUCUCGAGCCGGAAGAGAGAAGCGAGGCAUGGACGGGGCCAACGGCGAGGAGAUGGCGGUGGGGUGCAUCCUCGCCAUCAAGACAACGCUCGGCGACGAGUUCGAAGGGCAGAUCGUCACAUACGACCGUCCUUCCAACAUCCUCGUCCUUCAAGAGGGCACCACGAAGCCUGGGGCUCGGCGGAACCUUCGGCUGUUGAAGGCCAACUACAUCAAGGACUUCACCCUCCUGGGGAGGGGCGAGGACCCUCUUGACCCCAAGAAGUGCUUCAUCGAUCUUGCCGCCAUCCAGGCGAGGGAGGAUGCUGCGAUGAGACAAGCAGAGAUUGAAGCUGAGCGGAUUGGAGUCGGCGUCACUGCUGAGGCUCAGAGCAUUUUUGAUGCAUUGUCCAAGACGCUUCCAGUUCAUUGGGAUAAGACUGUCAUAGUGGUGAUGAAUGAAGUGCGUGUGUGCAGUCCAUAUCUCCCCGACAAUGUUAGCGGGGGAACACCAGCUGCCAAUGAACGGGUGAAGAAAGUACUUGAGUUUGAAAGGAAAAGGUUGCAAGCUCGUUCACCUGGACAGUUUUGAUCAUCCCUCUUAGCAUGUAGCUUGUGGAUGUUAUCACUGGCUUGCUUGGAGCCUUUAAUUAACACAGUGACUGAUGCGCAGCACUCAGGAGUUAUCAUCGGUUGUGUUUUAUAUUCUAACUGUUCAUGAGAAGAAAUCCAACUGGCUACAGCACGAGUCAUUAAAAAAAAAAACUCUGUUUUCUAUAUAUGCUCAAUGAAUCAAUUGGAAAGAUUCAUUUCUUUUCUA